UUUUCGGUUUUUUGCAGGAGCCAUUCCGACCACAAAUAACGGUUUAAAAAACGAUGGAUAAUCCAUACCCCAAAUUGCAAACGAAGAAUAGAACAUCAAUCCUAACUCUCGAGAAACAAUCCACCACGUUUGGUCCAAGCAGGCUCUUGAAUAUUUUUGAAGACUGAUUGGCACGUUAAUGAUAGGAAAGUGAAUUCAUUUUGGGAUUACUCUGAACCAAAAAGGUACUCUUUCAUAGAGGGUCGUAGGAAAUGCUUCGCCUCUCCAGUUGCCAUUGCUCUUCGUUUAGUUCUUGAAGUCUAUUUGCGUACCUUUUCAAUACCACUUGUAUCAUUCCAGUCUUUAUCGAGUUUUCCAGAAACUGUGCCAGUUGAUUCAAAGCUCUCUUUUAAUCCGACCUGCUUUUUCAAUGUCCAAGUACCCUUAUUAAUGAACUGAGUGCGUCAGUGUCCUUUUGACUCAAUAUGAACACGCUUCAAUCUUGGGUCCCUUUGGUCAUUAUUUUUGUCAACGGAUCACGUUCAGAACCAUCGGAGUUUUGUUCCAAAUACUUUCUGGAGAACCCUCUUCAACACUAUUGCCUACCGCCUACUUACUCCAAGGAUGUCCUGCCUAAAAUGGAGAAUGGGAGUGCCUUGAAUAUUAGCAUUGACUUCAUACUUACCCAAGUAAUCCAUGUGGAUGAUAUCAAAUUGACAGUUAGGCUAGCCAUGUAUAUGGAACUCAGCUGGAUUGAACCCAGGAUCCAAAUCAAUCAUAAGGGAAUCUUCAAUCAUACGGAUCAAGUGAUCUUACUCUCUUUAAGACAACUGGAACAAUUCUGGAUUCCAGAUUUGGAAAUUAUUGAAUUAGAAGGUUUCCGAUCUCCCAAUACAAUCAUGAGGAUUGGUUCCUUUGAGAUGGACCUUGAUAAACUGCUUCGAAUAGCUCUGCCUGUAGAAAUUACGGUGAGAUGUCCGUUUAACUACGAUGAAUUUCCCAUGGAUGAACAAACUUGUCCUUUGCGAUUUGGAAGCUUUGGAUAUCAGAGUGAUUUGGUGAUUUUCUCCGGCACCAUCAAAUAUGCAAACGAGAAGCAAAGGUUUCUGAAAUACCAUGUCAAAGUCAAGGACAUGCCCCAAAGCGAGAAACAGUAUCUCUACCAAGUUGGGGAACAAAGCCCCGAGUCAUACUCCACUUACGGGUUCGACUUGGUUCUGAUCCGAGACCAACAGGCCCAUUUGAUGAGAACCUAUUUACCCACUGGCGUGCUCGUGGUCACAUCUUGGAUCAGUUUCCUCGUUGAUCCCGCCGUUGUUCCGGGUCGAAUGGCGAUUCUAGUCACUUUACUAUUGGUGCUAAUCAAUGUGAGUAACUCCAUUUCCACGAGCAUUCCCUUGGCUAAAAGCCUGACCGCCGUUGAAAUAUGGUUGUUGAGUUGCUUGGGCUUCGUGUUUGCCGCUCUUAUGGAGUAUGCUUAUUUGCUCUAUUACUUAAUGGAUGCCCGACACUCUCUUAAUGGUAAUGGUGUUAAACAAAGAAUGGCUUGGACCACCACCAUGCCUUUGCCCGAUACCCCGACUAGAAUCCAAGGAUAGGGAGCGUCCAAACCCAAUAAGAAAUUGGAAUCCCCUGCCAAACAAAAUGAGACAAUGGCCAAUCUUGACAAAGCAGCUUUAGUGCUAUUUCCAAUGGUAUUUGUCCUUUUCAAUAUAAUUUAUUGGUGCACCCAUUUGCUCUA